AUGACUGCAAGCAAACCAACCACAAAAGUUACUUCUUCACAAAUAGCCGAGUCCUUCCCAUCUGUGUCUGUCUGGAAGAGACCUUUCGAUAUUAUUAUCAUUGCUUUUUAUUUGACCUUUAUUGCUUCUACAGCUUUCUUUGAUUAUCACAAUGUUUUGGCUCCUGCUCUUGGUGUUACAGUCCGAGAUUUAAUUGAUAAGGAUAUUAAGAGACCAUUGGAUUGGCCACCUGCACAAUUCACUAAAACUGCUUUUAGAAUUUGGGGUGAACAAAUUGACCCAGUCAUGAUCACCAAUCCACACUUUUGGCAAAUCAUGGAAUGGAUUAAUGUUGUUUUUAUGACUUUUGGUAAUGCUGCUAUGGCAUUGGCUUUCACUUUUGGAUGGAGAUCAUUUAGAACUCUCGGAAUUGUUCAUGCCACCUCUUUAUUGUAUAGUUUAGUUGUCUGUAUUGGUAUCGGAAUGUAUGGUGGUGAAGGUUAUGAAUCUGUUAACAAGUUCCAAUUUUUGGUUGCCUACUCACUCUAUGUCACUUUCCCAAUUGUUAUCAUUGGUAGAUUGUGGUAUGAAACUCCAAAUGUUUUCUGUAGAGAUUAUGUUUCUAACAAACCAUUCAUGCAACAUGUUCUCGAAGGUUUCUGUGUCAUUCACAUUUUCUUCUUUAUUUUCUUCUUCUAUCACUGGAUUUUGGUUAAUACUCCUUAUGUUUUCCCAGGUUCUCCUCCUCCAGUUCCAGUUCUUGGUCCUUACUUGAUGGAACUCUCCAAGUUAAACCUCUAA